GGAUGCUGCGAUUAAAUACUCGAAGCAUGUCAUGGACUUUGGAGAAAAGCUAUUCCAACUUCUAUCAGAAGCUUUAGGUUUAGACUCUGAGAUGCUUAAGAAGUUGGAUUGUCUUAAGGGUUUGUUUAUGAUAUGCCAUGACUACCCACCUUGUCCACAACCUGACCUGACUUUGGGCAUAAGUAAGCAUACGAAUAACUCUUUCCUCACGAUUCUUCUUCAAGACCAAAUCGGUGGUCUUCAAGUUCUUCAUCAAGAUUAUUGGGUCGUUCUGAUAACGAAUGAUAAGUUCUCUAGCCUGGAGCAUAGAGUAUGUGCGAACAUAGAUGGACAGAAGAUUUUGAUUGCCUCGAGUUUGUUUCUGAAUUCCACUGUUUAUGGACCGAUCAAAGAGCUCUCGUCUGAUGAAAACCCUCCCAAGUAUAAAGACAUCACUAUACCCGAGUAUAUUGAAGGGUACCUUGCGAGCGGCUUCGAUGGG